GUCGGUCAAAGGAGAGAGGGCGCGGCUUGUGUGGGAGUCAUUUCCUAAACUUCCCUGUUAUGAUGAGAAGACACAGGCAAUCAGCCGGGGGGAGGUUCGUAUGACCGGGGCUCAGGUAUACAAGGACUUUAUGACUUGCUGAGCGGUCAAGCCAUGUUAUGCUGGGGUCACUCUGAUUUUGGACAACUUGGAGUAAAUCAUGGAUCCAUAAGUUUUAUACUAGAGCCCAUCCCCUCCACCUUUUCUCUGUCCAGGUGUGUCAGACAGGUGGCCUGUGGGGAAAACCAUUCUAUCUUCCUGCUAGAUGAUGGUCGAGUCUAUAGCUGUGGUGGAAACAGUGUUGGCCAACUCGGACAGGACCAUCAUGAUAGGGAGCCAGGUCAUGUGAAUGCACUAGCAAGCGAACGUAUAGUCCAUGUGGCAUGUGGCCGAUCACAUAAUGUGGCACUAAAUAACCAAGGCCAGAUCUUCUCAUGGGGUGCUGGUAGUGAUGGACAGCUGGGGCACUCCACCACUGAACAGUGUAUUCCAGUGCCGAGAUUAAUUAAGAAGUUAAAUCAACAGAAGAUACUGCAGGUUUCGUGUGGAAACCAGCACUGCUUGGCCCUUUCAGAUGAUGGGCAGUUGUUUACAUGGGGCCAGAAUAGCCAUGGUCAGCUGGGUCUUGGGCAUGGAUUCACCUCCCAGUCUAGCCCACAGCGAGUAAAGUCCUUGGAAGGAAUACCAUUGGCUCAGGUGACCGCAGGAGGCUUCCACAGUUUUGCCUUGUCCCUUUCUGGAGCUGUGUUUGCCUGGGGGAAGAACAACUCAGGGCAACUUGGUCUUAAUGACGAGAAAGUCCGUGAAUCACCAUGCCAUAUAAAGCCUUUGCGUACCCAGAAAGUUGUGUACAUCAGCUGUGGGGAAGAGCAUACAGCUGUCCUAACAAAGACUGGUGGGCUUUUUACUUUUGGAGCUGGAGGCUGCGGGCAGCUGGGGCAUGACUCUCUCCAUAAUGAGAUCAAUCCCAGGCGUAUACUGGAACUGAUGGGCAGCGAAGUAUCUCAGAUUGCAUGUGGCAGACAGCACACUAUUGCCUAUGUGCCUUCUUCUGGAAUCCUCUAUGCAUUUGGAUGUGGGGAUCGGGGCCAGCUUGGCACCGGACACACAAAUAAUGUCAUCUGUCCCACUACGGUUAAAGGAAAGUGGACCAUGCCCUGCAUUAAUAUUCCACCCACGAUUGAUCCAUCUUCAUACAAUAUUAUCAAGCACAUUUUCUGUGGCUGGGACAAAACAUUUGUACUCUGCUCGAAGCCAGAGAAGCCUGAGCCUGCUGAUGACUUCCGCUCCUGUCAGAACAAAAAUUACACUAGCUGUAUCAAUGAUGAAACCAUUGACGAUUGGAGGCAGAAAGUCCUAGAAAAUAGUAAUUCCAACACCAUGAACGGCAUAGUACAAACACUUUCCUCUUCAGCCUGCUGGAAUGGAAGUUUCCUGGAAAAGACAAAUGAUGAGCAUUUUAAAACAAGCCCCAAGAUCCCAGGAAUUGACUUGUUGUCCAUUCAAGUCCUUUUUGAGAAGUUGAUGAACACCCAGCAUUCAAGGCUACUAGAGCAGAUUCAUAAGGGCUUUGAAAGUUUUUUAAUACCACAGCUUUCCUCCAGCUCUCCGCCAGAUGUAGAAGUGCGUAUUUACCUCAUACCAGAGUUCCCUCUGCUGCAGGACUCAAAGUACUACAUAACGCUGACGCUGCCAAUAGCCAUGGCAAUCUUAAGGCUGGAUACCAACCCAAGCAAAGUGCUGGAUAACUGGUGGUCUCAGAUUUGCCCAAGCUACUUCUUCAGAUUAAUUGACCUUUAUAAAGGAGCGGUGGUCUAUCUUCUGAAUGGAAAGACUUUGCUGAUCCCUGUGCUGUUUACUAGCUACAUCACAGCUGCUCUCAAGCUCCUGGAAAAGUUACAAAAGGUAAAUGUGAAGGUACGACAUGUGGAGAAUGAUAAAUUCUAUAUCCCGGAGAUAUCAAGCUUGGUGGACAUCCAAGAAGAUUACCUCAAGUGGUUCCUGAACCAAGCAGGAUUGAAGAUGCGUGCUUCCAUUAUGCCGGAUUCGGUGACGCUCUGUUCUUAUCCAUUUGUGUUUGAUGCUCAAGCCAAAACCAAAAUGUUACAGACCGAUGCUGAGUUACAGAUGCAGGUGGCAGUCAAUGGAGCUAACCUACAAAAUGUGUUCACGCUGCUGUCUCUGGAGCCCAUUCUGGCCAAGAACCCCUUCCUGGUGCUACAUGUGAGGAGAACCAGCUUGGUGGCUGAUGCCCUGAGGGAACUGAGUAUCCACUCUGACCUAGAUUUGAAGAAGCCUUUGAAGGUGAUAUUUGAUGGUGAAGAGGCCGUGGAUGAUGGAGGCGUUAGUAAAGAAUUCUUCCUGUUGCUCCUCAAAGAACUUCUGAACCCCAUCUAUGGAAUGUUUACAGUUUAUCCGGAAUCAAACCUGCUCUGGUUUUCAGACAUAUGUUUUGUAGAACAUAACUGGUUCCACCUGAUUGGCAUCAUGUGUGGUUUAGCCAUCUAUAAUUUCACAGUAGUUGAUCUUCACUUCCCAUUGGUGUUGUAUAAGAAGCUCCUGAAUGUUCCAGCUAAUUUAGAGGACCUCAAGGAGUUGUCACCCACAGAAGGAAGGAGCCUACAACAACUUCUAGACUAUCCUGGAGAAGAUGUUGAGGAAACUUUCUGCCUUAACUUUACAAUAUGUCGGGAAAGUUAUGGCCUGACUGAAAUUAAACCCCUGCUACCUGGAGGAGACAAAAUAACCGUAAAGAAAGAAAACAGGCAGGAGUUUGUUGAUGCUUAUGUCAACUACGUCUUUAACCAGUCGGUGCAGGAAUGGUAUGAGGCAUUCUCUACGGGAUUCCUUAAAGUCUGUGGUGGGAAAAUGCUGGAGCUCUUUCAGCCAUCUGAACUGAGAGCCAUGGUUGUUGGGAGCAGCAACUACAACUGGCAGCAACUGGAAGAGAGUGCCAUAUACAAGGGUGACUACUCUGCAGAGCACCCGACGAUGAGGAUGUUCUGGGAGACAUUCCAUGAUUUCCCUUUGGAGAAGAAGAAGCAGUUUCUGUUGUUUCUCACCGGCAGUGAUCGUAUACCCAUAUAUGGCAUGUCCAGCCUACAUAUCAUCAUCCAGUCUACAUCCAGCAGUGAAGACUACCUGCCUGUGGCUCACACAUGCUACAACCUGCUGGACCUGCCCAAGUACAGCAGCAAAGAAACCCUCAGGAAAAGACUCAAUCAAGCCAUAGACCAUUAUGAAGGCUUUAGCCUAGCUUAAAAAACUUGCCCUUUGUUCCUGAGCUUCCCUCGAACAAAAUGCACUUUACCUCUUAUGGGUUUAUUUAAUAUCAAUGUAAAAUACACCCAAUGUUGUAUACAUUUAAAAUAAAUUCUCCUGUUUCUAUUUUUGUAAAGGAACCAAAAUUUAAAAAGAAAACCCACAUGGAAAUUUUUCUUAAUCACUUCUUGAAAUUUCCAAAGUUUUCACCUUUUUUAUAAUUCCGUUGCCUCUUUUUUGCUUUGAUCUUAUUUUGUUGUUGGUGUCUUUUCUAUGUUGGUUUGGCAAAAGCUAUUUUAUCAAAAUGUGAAUUUUUUUCAGCUUUGCUAAAGCAGGACUGGGAAGUCUAUCUUUUAUCCAAGCUUUUCUGUGAACACUGAGCAUUUGUGAAACAUUCGUCCUUCAAAAUAGUCAUUUUAAAUCAGUAUUGAAAUUUUAAGGUUUUAGUGUUGUAUCCUUUCUGAAUUUUUUUUGAUAACGUCUAAGCUGGUGUUCUCUGUUGGAGUUCCCCAGUUAGUUCUCUCUUUCUCUGAUGGUGGUGGGUUCUCUUCUUUGAAGGAACUGUUUGGUAGUAGCUGGGAGAGUACUGCAGUGUUUGCUGUACUUUCCUUACUCAUGCUAUUGUGUUCUUAUGGAAAGCUGCUGCAUCUACACAGCAUUUAUUGAAUACAUAGAACACAAGACCCUAGGAAAAUAACAGUAAAGGAUGUGAUCCUAAGUUAAAUAAAACAUCCAUAAAUAUUUUUUGGUGGACCCAUCUUAUAUA